AGUCCCGCAGUGACUUCGGCCGCGCGCGGUCGCAACUGGACGGAAGCGUUGCGCCGCUGCCGCCGCGUCCCGCGAACCGGCGCGUCCCCGACUCGGCACGCCCACCUUUUAUCGCGAUUCUCCUGCGUUCUUCCGAACCCGUCGGUUGCUUGGUCGGUCGUACGACGAGCAGCAGCUCCCGAUCGAAAUUAUUUACGGUUCCCGCUUAGUGUUUACAUUCACUCCACACCAGUUUCAAGAGGAACGGCGUCUGUUGCAAAAAUUCGCAAGGUGCUAGCCGAACAAUUUCUCCUCUUCCGAAAAGUGAUUUUUGGAUGACUUCUGCAAAACUGGCACGGUGGUGAUGCGGCUGUCGUGGGGGUCCCUGUCGCUGCGCGGCCGCGGCCCCGCGCAGCCGCCCCCACCACCCCCGCCGCAGCCGCCGGACGGCGCCGCCUCCACUGCUGGGGAGGACUCACUGGCGCUGACGCUGCCGCCCCCGCUGGCGCUGCUGCCGCCGCCGCCCCCCGCGCCGCCAGACAUUCGCCUGCCGCCCCCGGACAGCCUGCCUUCCGCCCCUGGCUCUGAGCGUGGCAGCGUUCUCCCUCACGAUGGUGCCGAUUCGGACCUCGACGAGUCGGAGCUGCGCCGGGAGCUGCUCAACGACAAAUGGCGACAGCUGUUCGACAAGUACGAUCCCGAGGGCUUCGGCGAGAUCCCGUGGGACGACUUUGUGGAGGUGCUCAACCAGCCGGAGUUCGCCGCCGAGGUGGACGCGCACAAGCGGGACAUCCUGCUGGAGAGGGCGCUGGAGCGCAAGACCAGCGCCAUCACCUUCCAGGACUUCGUCAACGUGCAACUGUCGGUGGACGAUUGCAGUGUGAGGCAGGAAUGUGUGGGAGCUCGCGUGCCAGAGUUUGGGCGGCAGACGGGCGACGCCAAGCGGCUUCCGGCGGCGCUCGUGUCGGGCAAGACAAGGAGGCAGGGCGCGUGCCGCACGCCGCACGCUCGCCCACGCACCUGGCGGGGGCCGUCUGGAGAACGCCGGCGAGCGCCACCUCCGUGUCGUCACUCCCUCUGCACAAAGGCUGCUGCGCGGCCUAGCAGCUCGGAGCACAGGGAUGAUGUUGAAGCUGCUCUCAGUGGCGGCCCGCGCCCAAGGAUAAAGAAAGGGACAAAACCACGAGAGCUUGACGUCUAUCGAAACUACAUUACUGACUUCAGCCAGACGUGCGCUCGGGCCUGUAUUUAUCGCCAGCCUGGUGCCUGA